CUUUCUUUCUUUCUUCUUCAAGUCCCACGCCCACUGUCUGCUGUAAGUAUAUUGAACUUAUCUUCUUUUUUCUCCGGCUUGGACUGAUAUUGACGUCCAGUGUGCAGCACCAUUUUCCUCGUAAGUACGCUGAAACCGAAUCUCCGGGCCUUUGCGCUGGCUGUCUAAUCGUCCGUUCCAUCUAUAGAACCAAACGCGCGAGUUUGUCUCCAUCAAAAAACUUAAAGGGCAGUUCAAUUGCUAAUUGGAUUCUAGUACUCAAUCUCCAACAUGCCCCCCACCAAGAAGAACGCGAGCAAGAAGAACAGGGGCAAUGAAAACCCCGCGCCGGCCCAGCCACCGGCAAAGAAAGUCAAGAUGCCGCCGAAAGGAACCCGGGAACAGAAGCUGGAGCACCUGCGCCUGGAUUUGCGGGAUAUAAUCAAAAAGGAGCUCGACGUAGCAAAGCAAAAGCAAUUCGUACUUGAUCGAAUCGAGCAUUGGAAGAACGAGCUCGAUGCCCGCCCCGAGGACAAGGAUGCCGACGCCCUCGCCGACGCCUUGUUUGAUAAAAUAGUGAAGGGGGGGGCGAGAGGAGAAGGAUGA